UUCCUACGGUCCGUGAACGCGUCACGCAGCCCGUUUAAACGCUGCGGCUCCGUUUCCUCCGCUCAGUGAGAGCCGCGGCAGCAAGCUGCAGUCCGCCGGGAGGUCGUUUGAUACGAGGACGGAAAAACUUUAAAAACGCUCACUUCCUGUCGCCGACCUGCGCCCGCUGCCAGCCGCCUGCUGAGAGACGGCGACACGCUGUAGCACGCACUGCGAGGAAACCUGGAAAACUCCUGAUUUAACCUGGAAACAUCCUGAUUUAACCUGGAAACAUCCUGAUUUUUCCUGGAGGAGCCAUCAUCAGACAUGUCUCCUUUCCUGCGGAUCGGCUUCUCCAACUUUGAGAUCGAUCCCAGCUUGGCGUACUAUGAAGAGGUGCUGAACCCGUACUGCGCCGUCUACAUGAAGGAGGCCGUGGACACAGAGAAGGGACAGGUGUACAAGCAGAAGAAACCCACCAUGUACCCGCCGUGGAGCUCCACGUUCGACGCCCACGUCCACCGCGGCCGCAUCAUGCACGUCAUGGUGAAGGACCGGACGGCCGAGCUGCGGUCCGAGGCCACCGUGGCGCUGGACUCCCUGGCCACGCGCUGCAAGAAGGAGAACGGCAAGCUGGAGAUCUGGCUGGAGAUGAAGCCGCAGGGCCGCAUGCUGAUGGAGGCCCGGUAUUACCUGGAGAAGAGCGACGCUGCGGGUCUGGCCGGCGCCGACCCGGACUCGGAGUGCGGCAGAGACGGCCUGUUCACCCUGCAUCAGCGGCGCGGCGCCAUCAAGCAAGCCAAAAUUCACCUGGUGAAGUGUCACGAGUUCAGCGCCACCUUCUUCCCUCAGCCCACCUUCUGCUCCGUCUGCAAGGAGUUCGUCUGGGGUCUGAACAAGCAGGGCUACCAGUGCAGACAAUGCAACGCUGCCAUCCACAAGAAAUGCAUCGACAAGGUCAUUGCCAAAUGCACCGGGUCGGCGGUGAACAGCAAGGAGACCAUGAUACAUAAGGAGCGCUUCAAGAUCGACAUGCCGCACCGCUUCAAGGUGUACAACUACAAGAGCCCCACCUUCUGCCAGCACUGCGGCACCCUGCUGUGGGGGCUGGCCAAGCAGGGGCUGAAAUGUGAGGAGUGCAGCAUGAACGUUCACCAUAAAUGCCAGAAGAAGGUGGCGAACCUCUGCGGCGUCAACCAGAAGCUGAUGGCUGAAGCUCUGGCCGUCAUCGGGAGCCAGCAGCAGGCGAGAAGUACUAAAGACGGUGACAUCAUGGGUCGAGAAGGUCCGGUGGGCAUUGGCCAGCCGGGCGUAGUGCGGGUGCCGUCCGGGUUGGUACCGGGUCUGCCCGUCACACAGGCGCCUGCUAGCAAAGCAGAUCCAAUGGGCGUUUUGUGGGAGGGGCCGACCGACGUGAGCAGGCCGGCCCUGGAGGCGGCCCCAGAGGAGCCGCUGUACGCCGUCCCAAAGAAGGACCAUCAGCCGAAGUUCAACAUCGACGACUUCGUCCUGCACAAGAUGCUGGGCAAAGGAAGCUUCGGAAAGGUGUUUCUGGCCGAGCUGAAGAGGAGCGGGAAGUUUUUUGCUGUGAAGGCUCUGAAGAAGGACGUGGUGCUGAUGGACGACGAUGUGGAGUGUACGCUGGUGGAGAGGAGGGUUCUGUCCCUGGCCUGGGAGAACCCGUUUCUCACACACCUGUACUGCACCUUCCAGACCAAGGAGAACCUCUUCUUUGUGAUGGAGUAUCUGAACGGAGGAGAUCUCAUGUUCCACAUCCAGACCUGCCACAAGUUCGACCUGCACAGAGCCACGUUCUACGCAGCCGAGAUCGUCUGCGGCCUCCAGUUCCUGCACUCCAAGGGAAUCAUCUACAGAGACCUGAAGCUGGACAACGUCCUGCUGGACUCGGACGGACACAUAAAGAUCGCCGACUUCGGGAUGUGUAAGGAGAACAUGCAGGACGACCUGCAGACCUCCACCUUCUGCGGAACGCCGGACUACAUCGCCCCGGAGAUCCUGCUGGGCCAGAAGUACAACAGCUCGGUGGACUGGUGGUCCUUCGGGGUUCUGCUCUACGAGAUGCUGAUCGGUCAGUCGCCGUUCCACGGCCGCGACGAGGAGGAGCUCUUCCAGUCCAUCCGGACCGACUCGCCCGUCUAUCCCAGCUGGCUCACCAAGAUGGCCAAAGACAUUCUGGUCAAGCUGUUUGUCCGGGAGCCAGAGGAACGACUGGGAGUGAAGGGAAGCAUCCGGCAGCACGUCUUCUUCAGCAGCAUGGACUGGAGCGCCCUGGAGCAGCGGCAGGUGGCGCCGCCCUUCAGGCCCACGCUGACGUCACCAAGCGACUGCAGCAACUUUGACAAAGAGUUCAUCAACGAGAAGCCGAAGCUGUCAUGUGCCGACCGGACGCUCAUCAACAGCGUGGACCAGACCAUGUUCAGGAACUUCUCCUUCGUCAACCCAGGGAUGAACCGCAUCGCCGCCCGCUGACCCAAAACACAAAGGGUCGGCCCACAUCGCCGCCCGCUGACCCAAAACACCAAGGGCUGGCCCACAUCGCCGCCCGCUGACCCAAAACACAAAGGGUCGGCCCACAUCGCCGCCCGCUGACCCAAAACACCAACACUUACUGAAACGGAGUCAAACUAAAUCUCCAGACUGUGAAUGGAGAUUUACCCCAGUGGGGUUGAAGAACCCGUCAGCCCCACUGGGACUGGACUGUGGAACCAGGCAGGUCCGGUUUGUUCUGAGGUUCCUGCCGACUGCUAACUGUGAUCCUCCUGAGACCCAAAUCCAUUUUCUCCUCAUUAGAACUGUUUAUGGACUUAUAAUGAAUCUCAAUGCAUUUCUUUUCCAGACCGCCUCAGAACCCUGAAGGCUUUAAUUUCUCAUUUAUUCAUGGAUUUCAUGUUAUCCUUGGGGAGAGCGGUCUGUUCAUUUGAACUGAUGUUCCUCCAGCUGCAUCACAUCCUUCUCUGAAUCCAGGUGUGUUGAAGCACAGACACAUCUAAAGUAGCAGGACUGAUUUAGAAGAGGCGUCUACAUCAAUGUUCCAGACAAUUUACAUGAAAACAAAUUUUUCUAAUUUAACACAAGACGUUCAAAAGUGAGUAAAUUAGUGGGACUUGAAAAACUUUUAAUCGAGUUACAGCACAGUUUGUAAUUAAUCACAUUUAAUUACACACGUAUCUACCAAAUAUGCAACAUUAUUAUUUCAAAAGCAGUUUUUGCUGCUAAUUUAUUGAAUAAAUAGACAUAUAACCUCAAUAACAAAUAUAUUGUUUGUAAUCUCUUAGGUUAUUAAACCAUCAGCUUUCAAAUGAUUCAUGGAACUAAUUAAAAAAAUAAUUCUGUAGGAAUGCAGACGCUGACAUUAUUGGGGACGUCUGAGCUGCUGCUACAUGUUUAGCAUGGAAAUGCUACUUAAGGCUUAAAAAGCUUCGCCGAUAGGCUAACUCCUUUUAGCACUAUUUGAACACAACAAUAGUCUUUUCCAGCGUCCCAUCAUGUCGGCUUGAAACAGAAAUUAACCGCCAGUGGGCCGAGAGAAGCGGCUUUGUCGUUAGCGAAUGUCGCUUGUGCGUCAGAUUUACGGACGUACCAGAAACGCGCGGUCGCCGGAACCUUCGUAUGAAAAGCAAAAUGCGGCUAACAUAUUUAACGCGUUAAAAUCCGUCAUUAAUGAUCGACAAUAACGCGUUAAAGUCCCGAGCCUAAACUGAAAACAAUAAUCGGUCUGAUAUUCAGCUGCUGUUAGCGGCCGCAACUAUAUUUCUAUUUAUUCGGUUAGCAUUAGCUAACAGAGUAACUCUGGAUUAGCAUUAAUCUAGUAACAAGACAACUCUCCUUCAGCUGGUUUACUGGACCAUAUGGAUCACAUUGGACCGCAGUUACGGGAAAUAAAUACCUCUAAAAGUAAAAUAAGAGCCUGAAUAUGGUGCUGAUGACUGAGGUUAAGACAGUUUAUUCCUCCGUUUGUAUAUGUUCAUGAAACAUGUCAGACUUUUCUCCUCUGGGUCUCAGGAGGAUUUCUGUUUCCUCAUAAUGUGUAAAUAAAACUUAUAUGUGAUGAAUUUGGCUUGAGAUAAACUUGGAUGUAAAUAAGUGAGUUGUACUGUAGUCAUGUGGAUGGUUUCACUCCAGAUCCUGUACAUUAAUAUUAAUAAAGUAAGUUUGUUUUUAAAUGUUUGAGUGAA